UGUGUGCAAAGCACAGACCAUUAGCCAUGACCCUGGAAAUUAUGUCGGUUCCGUUCAUUGCCAAUGGAGCGAUGGCAUUUAUUGGCUUCGUCUUGACUGUCACAAUUAUUCCAAAACUAGGAGAUAUGUUUAUUCGUGGAAAUCUGUUCGGGAUUGAUCAGAGCAAAGCCACGCGUACAAAAAUACCAGAAUCUAUGGGAGUGGUUUGUGGGACAGUUUUCCUCAUUGUUAUGUUUCUAUUCAUACCUGUGCCGUUUUACCAAGCCUUGUCUGACAAAGAUGGUCAAUUUCCCCACCAUGAGUAUGUGGAAUACAUCACGGCCUUGCUGUCUAUCUGCUGUAUGAUAUUGCUUGGGUUUGCUGAUGAUGUCCUGGAUCUUAAGUGGAGACACAAACUGCUCUUACCAACAGUGGCCUCCCUCCCUCUCCUCAUGGUCUACUUUGUCAACUUCAAUUCCACAAUCAUUAUUAUUCCCAAGCCGUUUAGGCUUCUGUUGGGCUUCGAUCUAGAUUUGGGACUUUUGUAUUAUGUGUAUAUGGGAAUGCUGGCAGUUUUCUGUACAAAUGCUAUCAACAUUUACUCUGGUAUUAAUGGCCUGGAGAGUGGCCAGUCUUUUGUGAUUGCUGUCUCUGUUCUCAUCUUUAAUAUCAUUGAGCUAUCAGGGGACCAUAAACAGGCUCAUCAGUUUUCCAUUUUUUUCAUGAUGCCAUUUCUAGCAGUGAACAGUGCAUUGCUGUACCACAACUGGUACCCAUCAAAAGUUUUUGUUGGCGACACAUUUUGUUAUUUUUCUGGGAUGACCUUUGCAGUUGUUGCCAUAUUGGGGCAUUUUAGCAAGACGAUGUUGCUGUUUUUUAUACCCCAGGUGUUGAAUUUCAUCUACUCUGUACCUCAACUGUUUAAAUUUGUGCCCUGUCCAAGACAUCGUUUACCGAGAUAUAAUGCAAAGACAGACCAAGUUGGAAUUAGUACCACAAGAUUCAGAUUAAAAGAUGUUUCGUUACUUGGCCGGCUGUUUGUCUGGUUGUACAGCACCCUCAGACUUAUCCAUAUCAAACACGAUGUGGGAGAAAAUCAGGAGUAUGUCGAGUGCAGCAAUUUUACAGUCAUCAAUCUGCUUUUAAUAUUCACCGGCCCAAAACAUGAACGUUCUGUGGUAUUAAUUCUUUUAGGAUUUCAGGUUUUUUGCAGUGUUCUGGCAUUCUUGAUACGCUACCAGUUAGCAAGGCUUUUCUAUGACGUAUAAUGGGUUUGCUAGAUUUGUUGGAUUAAAGUAUAAAAUCAAAAUGCUUUGUCUCACUGAUAGAUCACGCAUCUGUUGAUUCAUUAUAACAUGUAUACAAAAUUGAUAAGCAUCCACUAGGAUGUAUUUUUGUAUGUUUUGUGCGUACAUCACUGACAGUGACUUGCUCAUCUGAUUGGUGUUGAUACCUGAAAACUCAGACCAUAUGUAACGUGAGAACUUAGGCUUUAUAAAGCUCAUCCAAAAGAUUUCUUUUAAAGGAUUUCAAUUUACCAUGUAUCUUAAAGUACAGGGGUACUUACUGGAGAAGAUAACAUUUAUUUUAUUUAUUUUAUUGAUCUUAUACACCAUGUUAUACAUUACUUAUGUACUUGUAUAUAGCAGAUGUUAGGUUUAUGCGUAGAGGACAUGUUAAGCAUCGGGGUAAACCAUAGCACCUUAUCUUUGACAAGUCUUCUAUCUGCAAUCUGUAACAGUAGGGAAUGGUAACAUGCAGCCAUAAUGCCUAGUCGUCUUUCUGAGAGUCAUCUUGCACACUGAGUUAUAUUUCAGUAAACUGAAAUUCUAUAUGUAAUCGUUA